AUGUCUCACGAGGAGGACCUCAUUGACUACUCCGAUGAGGAGAUUGGCGCCGCCAACGAGACCGCCGCCGCUACCGCUUCCAACGGAAAGAAGGGAGAGGCAGCCGCCAGCGGCGCCGUCGACAAGAAGGGCAGCUACGUCGGCAUUCACUCCACUGGAUUCCGCGAUUUCCUGUUGAAGCCCGAGCUUCUGCGUGCCAUUGGAGAUUGCGGUUUCGAACAUCCUUCGGAGGUCCAACAAACAUGUAUCCCCCAAGCUCUCCUUGGUGGAGACAUCAUCUGCCAGGCCAAGUCUGGUCUGGGAAAGACUGCAGUCUUUGUCCUAGCCACGCUUCAGCAAGUCGAGCCCGUUAACGGCGAGGUCUCGGUGGUUGUCAUGUGCCACACUCGUGAGCUGGCCUACCAGAUCCGAGACGAAUACAACCGAUUCAGCAAGUACAUGCCCGACAUCAAGACCGGCGUCUUCUACGGUGGUACCCCCAUCAAGAACGACGUCGAGACUCUCAAGGGCAAGGACACUUGCCCUCACAUCAUUGUCGGCACCCCCGGUCGUCUCAAGGCUCUUGUCCGCGACAAGGCUCUCCGUCUCGGAAGCGUUCGCAUCUUUGUCCUUGAUGAGUGUGACAAGAUGCUCGACCAGCCCGAUAUGCGUACCGACGUGCAGGAUGUCUUCCGCGCUACCCCCCAGCAGAAGCAGGUUAUGAUGUUUUCCGCCACGCUUGCCGAAAACAUCAAGCCCAUCUGCCGCAAGUUCAUGCAGAAUCCUACUGAGCACUAUGUCGACGAAGACACCAAGCUCACUCUCCACGGUCUCCAGCAGUACUACAUCAAGCUGGAGGAGCGCGAGAAGAACAGGAAGCUGAAUGAGCUUCUCGACGACCUUCAGUUCAACCAGGUCAUCAUCUUCGUCAAGAGCACUGUCCGCGCUACCGAGCUGGACAAGCUUCUCCGCGAGUGCAACUUCCCUUCCAUCGCUGUCCACUCUGGAGUCAGCCAGGAGGAGCGUAUCCGCCGCUACAAGGAGUUCAAGGAGUUUAAGAAGCGUAUUUGCGUUGCCACCGACGUUUUUGGACGUGGUAUCGACAUUGAGCGAAUCAACUUGGCCAUCAACUACGACUUGCCCGGCGAUGCCAGCUCCUACCUUCACCGUGUCGGACGUGCCGGUCGAUUCGGUACCAAGGGUCUGGCCAUUUCCUUUGUGAGCACCGAGGGUGAUCAGGAGGUUCUUAAGGAGAUCGAGAAGCGAUUCGAAGUCGCUCUUCCCGAAUUUCCCAAGGAGGGUGUCGAUGCCAGCACCUACAUGGCGUCUUAG